AGAGAGAGAGGCCGUUGGGUACAGCGAGGGUACCACAGGACACUGCUUUCUGCACUGCUGCUGCUGGACCUCAACAACUAGCAACAGACAAGGAGAAACCCAAACUGCCACGGAUAUCUGCUCGACCUACCUCACAGUCGCCGCAAAUUUGACCACCUUUGGAUAUUCUGCUACUUGGUAAUAAAGCGGCAAAUUAAGUGACAGCGUUUCUAGCAUUAAUUUGUCAAGGGUGUUUUUAUGUCGCCAACGUUUGGAUUCUGUGAACCGGAGCAAGCGGACGGAGCAGCGCGUUUCCACCGACUGGACCCUUCUACUUUUCGGCGAAGGCUACGUUCAUUUACAGCUCACAAGCAGUUGUGGUUGUAGUCUGUCCACUUGGAGACUGUUUGCCUGGCUGGCCACUAUAUAGCUUUCGAUAUCGAUAAGUAGCUGACGGUCAGCCACUGUGGUUCACAUAAUACAAUUUCAGCUACUAUAAGAACAAACUGCUAGCGAUAGCGACGUUAGGACCUAAAAGCGUUGACAAAGGCUGUAGACGUCGGGGUCAUUAGCAAAUAUUGAACAUAAUAGGCAACACAACAUGUGUGUUUAGCCUAUUAACAUAUUACAGUUUGUCUUUCCUUCUUUUAAUGACCUGCUGCUAAAGUAACAAGGGCUGCGAGUAGCUCCACCAGCACAGCAGUUAGGUUGAUAAGCACUUGUAGCAUUUGGACUUUAACAAAGACAACAGCGUUUUUUGUCUUCUAAACGUUUUCCGGUCGGCCAAAGACAACAUAACGGAGGGUAAAGUUUGACAGUAAACUGCUGAAAGGUCACCGAGACCGGACAUCUCUUUUUCUCUUCUCCCCCUCCUCCUAUCAGUCUGCUAUGAAGAUGUGAACUCUUCCCUCCUCUCUCACUCCCUCCCUUCCUCUUUCUCUCUUCGCCGUCCAGGACGCUUUGAUCUUUUUUUCUCUGUUUGGUACAAAGAGAUCAAAGGCGACUCCCGCCUCUCGGGGAUGUACGAAAGCGGGGAUGUUGUGGGUUUUAGCCCCAGCCCCAGCAGCCCCGGUGCGGGCUCUUUUCUGAGCAUGGACUACUACCACAGACCCCCGGGGCUUGGACCGGAGAAGGGACUCCUGUCCGGUGUAGGAGGACUCCAGCGUCCGUUCGGAGGGUCCCUGGUAACCGGCAGACACUGGAGCGGAUCCAGCCACUCUAUAGAGACUGAGAGCACGAGUUCAGGGGAGGACCUGCUUGUCCCCAGCCCCCCCUCACCUCCGCCUCCACCGCGCAUCUACAAGCCCUGCUUUGUAUGUCAGGACAAAUCUUCAGGAUACCACUAUGGAGUCAGUGCCUGUGAGGGCUGCAAGGGUUUCUUUCGGAGGAGCAUCCAGAAGAACAUGGCGUACACGUGUCACCGAGACAAAGUCUGUGUCAUAAACAAGGUGACGAGGAACCGGUGUCAGUCCUGUCGACUGCAGAAAUGCCUCGACGUUGGCAUGUCCAAGGAGUUGGUGCGAAAUGACAGAAUGAAGAAGAAGAAGGAGGAGAAGAGGCAGGGAGAGACAGAGAUCUACGUCCUGUCAGCCGACACAGAGCAGAUGAUUGAACGAGUCCGCCGGGCCCAUAUGGACACUUUUCCCUCCCUCUGUCAGCUGGGAAAAUACACCACGAGCAAUAGCUCGGAGCACCGUGUCCCUCUGGAUGUCAGUCUUUGGGACAAGUUUAGCGAACUGUCCACCAAAUGCAUCAUUAAGACGGUGGAGUUUGCCAAGCAUCUCCCUGGUUUCACAACGUUAACCAUUGCUGAUCAGAUCACCCUGCUCAAAUCUGCCUGCCUCGACAUACUAAUUCUAAGGAUCUGCACCCGCUACACCCCAGACCAGGACACCAUGACCUUCUCCGACGGUUUGACUCUGAACCGCACCCAGAUGCACAACGCCGGGUUUGGACCGCUCACAGACCUGGUGUUCUCCUUUGCCAACCAGUUGCUUCCGCUGGAGAUGGACGACGCAGAGACGGGAUUACUCAGCGCCAUCUGCCUCCUCUGUGGCGAUCGUCAGGAUCUGAAAGAGUCAGAGAAGGUGGAUGUUCUUCAGGAGCCAAUGCUUGAAGCCUUGAAGAUCUAUGUGAGGAGGAGGAGGCCUGACAAACCCUGUAUGUUCCCCAAGAUCCUGAUGAAGAUUACUGACCUCAGGAGCAUCAGUGUGAAGGGAGCAGAGCGAGUGAUCACACUGAAAAUGGAGAUACCCGGCUCCAUGCCUCCCCUGAUCCAGGAAAUGUUGGAGAACUCUGAGGGACUGGAGGGGCACGGAGCAGGGGUAGGGAAAGGGAGAGGAGAAGGCAGAGAAGAGGAUGAAACAGAGGUCGGAAGCCGUUGUCCAAGUCCGUCCCCCAAAUCAGUUCGCUCUCGCAGCCCGAGCCCCGUGCCCCACUACCCCUCUCCUUCUUCGCCCUCUUCUUCCUCCCCCGCCACCUGAAGUCCUACACCCUGCCCUUAUGCUCCACACAGCACCUCCUCUCACCCCACCGCACGGCGCGGUACUGCCAGAACACCAUCUGCACAGCAGACUGAAAGAACUGCACCUCAUAACAGAUGAUCAGGAAGA